AUGACCAAAGUCACUGUUUUGGGAGCCGCUGGAGGCAUCGGACAACCGCUAUCGCUACUCUUGAAAAUGUCGCCAUACGUUUCCACGUUGGCGCUGUACGACUUGCGUUUGGCGCCCGGAGUAGCUCGCGAUUUGUCGCACAUCAAUACCAACUCUACGUGUAAAGGGUACGGCAAAGACGAACUGCAAGCGGCUUUAGAAGGUGCCCAUGUUGUGGUGAUUCCAGCCGGCGUUCCUAGAAAACCCGGAAUGACCCGGGACGAUCUUCUCAAAGUCAACGCAGGCAUCGUGGCAGGCCUUGUAACUGCAUGUGCGCGUUUUGCGCCCAACGCCCGGAUUUUGAUCAUUUCCAAUCCUGUAAAUUCCACAGUGCCGGUAGCGUGUGAAACCCUUAAACAAUUGGGCGCUUUCCAGCCGGGGAAAGUGAUGGGUGUCACAACACUGGACGUUGUCCGGGCACAAACCUUUUUGAGUGAUGCUUUGGGUGCUGACAGUUACAGUCGUGAGUCCAUGAAAAAGCAUGUAACCGUGGUGGGUGGCCAUUCAGGGUCAACGAUUGUGCCUUUGAUUGCCAACUCCACUUUGCGUGCCAAGCUUGUAAGUCGUCGUGUAUAUGAUGCAUACAUCCACCGUGUGCAAUUUGGCGGUGACGAGGUGGUCGAAGCCAAACAAGGCGCUGGAUCGGCAACAUUAUCGAUGGCCUUGGCUGGAUUCCAGUUUACAGAUCAGGUGCUGCGUAGUAUCCAUUUAGAGAAACCAGACCCUGCUCCAUUGCCUGCGUUUGUGUAUUUGCCGGGCAUUGAAGGUGGUCGCGAGCUACAAUCGAAAUUAAACACGCAAGCGGAGUAUUUUGCUACGCCAAUUGAACUAUCACGCGGGGACGUGGCUCGUGUUGACGCGAAAUGGCUAGAUUCUUUAACCGAUGCGGAGAAAAAAUCAUUGGCAGUGUGUCUCGGCGAACUUGACACCAAUAUUCAAAAGGGUCGUCGGUUUGUGAAGAGUAAAUUGUGA